UGGCAAGCCAAAAGCAACAAAAAACAGGAGUCCCCAAGACGUCACGCAAACAACAACAACAACAACCAGCUAUGCCUGGCCCGGCUUUGUGGUCCGGAAUUAUGACACUGAGCCGUGGCCCGUACAGCGAGCUCGAUAAAAUGAGCCUUUUUCAAGACCUCAAACUCAAACGGCGGAAAAUCGAUUCGCGAUGCAGCAGUGACGGCGAGUCCAUAGCGGACACGUCCACCUCGUCGCCGGAUCUGCUGGCGCCCAUGUCGCCGAAGCUCUGCGACAGCGGUUCGGCGGGGGCGGCGUCGGCAGGGGCGUCGUCCCUGCCCCUCCCGCUGGCCCUGCCCCUGCCCAUGUCGCUGCCCCUACCCCUCACGGCGGCAUCGUCGGCGGUCACCGUUUCGCUGGCAGCGGUCGUGGCGGCGGUGGCCGAAUCGGGCGGAGGCGGUGGCGGGGGCGGAGGAGCUGGUGGGACAGCAGUCACAGCCUCGGGAGCGGGACCCUGCGUCUCCACAUCGUCGACGACGGCGGCAGCGGCCACAUCCUCGACCUCCUCGCUGUCGUCCUCCUCCUCGUCAUCGUCCUCCUCCACAUCCUCCAGCGCCUCCUCCACCUCGCCGACGGCUGGAGCCUCCUCCACGGCCACGUGCCCCGCCAGCAGCAGCAGCAGUGGCGGCGGUGGCAAGAGUGGCAACAUCAAGCAGGAGCACAACACAGAGAUCCACUCGUCGAGCAGUGCUAUCUCGGCGGCCGCCGCCUCAACGGUAAUGUCCCCGCCGCCCGCUGAGCCGGCGAGAUCCAGUCCAGCCACGCCGGAAGUGGAAGUGGGACCAGCGGGCGGAGGAGUUGGGGGCGGAGUUGGAGCAACAGGCGGCGUAGGAGCCGCAGGCGGUGGAGCAACAGCUGGAGUGGCAAUCAAUGAACACCAAAACAAUGGCAAUGGCAGCGGAGGGAGCAGUCGAGCCUCGCCCGAUUCGCUGGAGGAGAAACCCUCGACCACGACGACGACGGGUCGUCCAACGGUCACCCCCACUAAUGGAGUGCUGUCUUCCGCCUUGGGCACGGGAAUGUCCGGCAUAACUGGAAGCAGCGCCAAGCUGAGCGAGGCGGGCAUGAGUGUAAUCCGCUCCGUCAAGGAGGAGCGUUUGCUCAGCGUGUCCAGCAAGAUGCUGGCCUUCCAUCAGCAGCGGGAGCACGAUACCAAGGCCGCGGCGGCGGCGGCGGCAGCAGCAGCGGCGGCGGGUCAUGUGACGGUUCUAGUGACGCCUUCGCGGAUCAAAUCGGAGCCACCACCGCCGGCCUCACCCUCCUCCACAUCCAGUACCCAAAGGGAACGAGAAAGGGAGCGGGAGCGGGAUCGGGAACGGGAAAGAGAUCGGGAACGGGAGCGAGAUCGAGAGCGCGAGCGAGAGCGGGAACAGUCCAUCAGCUCCUCGCAGCAGCAUCUGAGCCGCGUCUCCGCCAGUCCACCCACUCAGCUGUCCCACGGCAGCUUGGGACCCACCAUCGUCCAGACGCACCAUCUUCACCAGCAACUCACACAGCCGCUGACGCUGCGCAAGAGCAGCCCGCCCACGGAGCACCUGCUCAGCCAGUCCAUGCAGCAUCUAACCCAGCAGCAGGCGAUCCACCUGCACCACCUGCUCGGCCAGCAGCAGCAGCAGCAGGCGUCGCAUCCCCAGCAGCAACAGCAGCAACACUCGCCCCACUCCCUGGUGCGGGUGAAGAAGGAGCCGAAUGUUGGCCAGCGGCACCUUUCGCCGCACCAUCAGCAGCAGUCGCCGCACCUGCAGCACCACCAGCAGCAACAGCAGCAGCAGCAGCAACAUCUACACCAGCAACAACAGCAACAGCAGCAGCAACACCACCAGCAGCAGCCGCAGGCCCUGGCCCUGAUGCAUCCCGCCUCGCUGGCGCUUAGGAACAGCAACCGGGACGCUGCCAUUCUGUUCCGGGUGAAGAGCGAGGUGCACCAGCAGGUGGCCGCCGGACUGCCCCAUCUCAUGCAGUCCGCUGGCGGGGCAGCGGCGGCAGCAGCAGCCGCAGUGGCCGCCCAGCGGAUGGUCUGCUUCAGCAACGCCCGGAUCAACGGAGUGAAGCCCGAGGUGAUUGGCGGACCGCUGGGCAAUCUGCGGCCCGUGGGCGUGGGCGGCAAUGGAGGCGGUUCCGUGCAGUGCCCCUCGCCGCAUCCCUCCUCCUCGUCGUCAUCCUCGCAGCUGUCGCCGCAGACGCCCUCGCAGACGCCGCCCCGCGGCACGCCCACCGUCAUCAUGGGCGAGAGCUGCGGGGUGCGCACCAUGGUCUGGGGCUACGAGCCUCCGCCGCCCUCGGUGGGUCAGUCGCAUGGCCAGCAUCCGCAGCAGCAGUCGCCCCACCACCAGCCACAACAGCAGCAACAGCAGCAGCAGCAACAGCAGUCGCAGCAGCAACAGCAGCAGCAACAGCAACAGCAACAGCAGCAACAGUCGCUGGGUCAGCAGCAGCACUGCCUGUCCUCACCCUCGGCCGGAUCCCUGACGCCCUCCUCCUCCGGCGGCGGUUCGGUGUCGGGCGGCGGCGUGAGCGGACCCCUUACGCCCUCCUCGGUGACGCCGCAGAACAACGAGGAGGCCGCCCAGCUGCUGCUCUCCCUGGGACAGACGCGCAUCCAGGACAUGAGGGCCCGGCCGCAUCCCUUCCGCACCCCGCACGCCCUCAACAUGGAGCGCCUGUGGGCGGGCGACUACUCGCAACUGCCACCCGGCCAGCUGCAGGCCCUCAAUCUCAGCGCCCAGCAGCAGCAGUGGGGCAGCAGCAACUCCACCGGCCUCGGCGGCGUGGGCGGUGGCCUGGGCGGUCGGAGCGGCCUGGAGGCGCCGCACGAGCCGACCGACGAGGACGAGCAGCCGCUGGUGUGCAUGAUCUGCGAGGACAAGGCCACCGGCCUGCACUACGGCAUCAUCACGUGCGAGGGGUGCAAGGGCUUCUUCAAGCGAACGGUGCAGAACCGACGCGUCUACACCUGCGUGGCGGACGGCACCUGCGAGAUAACCAAAGCACAGCGCAACCGUUGUCAGUAUUGUCGAUUUAAGAAGUGCAUCGAGCAGGGCAUGGUGCUGCAGGCCGUUCGCGAGGAUCGCAUGCCGGGCGGUCGCAACAGCGGCGCCGUCUACAAUCUGUACAAGGUGAAGUACAAGAAGCACAAGAAGACCAACCAGAAGCAGCAGCAGGCCGCACAGCAGCAUCAGCAGCAGGCGGCGCAGCAGCAGCAGCACCAGCAGCAGCAACACCAGCAGCAGCAACACCAGCAGCAGCAGCAGCAGUUGCACUCGCCGCUGCACCACCACCACCACCAGGGUCACCAGGCGCACCACGGGCAGCAGCAGCACCACCCGCAGCUGUCGCCGCACCACCUGUUGUCGCCGCAGCAGCAGCAACUGGCCGCCGCGGUGGCAGCAGCCGCCCAGCACCAGCAGCAACAGCAGCAGCAGCAACAGCAGCAGCAGGCCAAGCUCAUGGGCGGCGGAGUGGAGAUGAAGCCCAUGUUCCUGGGUCCCGUGCUCAAGCCGGAACUGCUCCAGGCACCGCCCAUGCACAGUCCGGCCCAGCAGCAGCAGCAACAGCAGCAGCAGCAGGCCUCGCCGCACCUCUCCCUCAGCUCGCCGCACCAGCAACAGCAGCAGGGUCAGCACCAGAACCACCACCAGCCAUCGGGCGGGGGAGGAGGCGGCGGAGGCGGUGGCGCCAGCGGCGGAGGAGUAGGAGGAGCCCAACUGCCGCCGCACCUGGUGAACGGCACCAUACUAAAGACGGCCCUGACCAAUCCCAGCGAGAUUGUGCAUCUGCGUCACCGCCUCGACUCGGCGGUCAGCUCGUCGAAGGACCGGCAAAUCUCGUACGAGCACGCCCUGGCCAUGAUCCAGACCCUGAUCGACUGCGACGCCAUGGAGGACAUUGCCACGCUGCCGCACUUCAGCGAGUUCCUCGAGGACAAGUCGGAGAUCAGCGAGAAGCUGUGCAACAUCGGCGACUCGAUUGUCCACAAGCUGGUGUCCUGGACCAAGAAGCUGCCCUUCUACCUGGAGAUCCCGGUGGAGAUACACACCAAGCUGCUGACGGACAAGUGGCACGAGAUACUCAUCCUGACCACGGCCGCCUACCAGGCGUUGCACGGCAAGCGCCGGGGCGAGGGAGCGGGCUCGGGCAGCCGGCAGAAUUCGCCGGCGUCCACGCCACUAGCCACGCCCACUGGGACGCCGCUGAGCACGCCCAUACCAUCGCCCGCCCAGCCGCUGCACAAGGACGAUCCGGAGUUUGUCAGCGAGGUGAACUCGCACCUGAGCACGCUGCAGACCUGCCUGACCACGCUGAUGGGGCAGCCCAUUGCGAUGGAGCAGCUGAAGCUCGACGUCGGCCACAUGGUGGACAAGAUGACUCAGAUCACGAUCAUGUUCCGGCGCAUCAAGCUCAAGAUGGAGGAGUACGUCUGCCUGAAGGUCUACAUACUGCUGAACAAAGCAGAAGUGGAACUGGAGAGCAUACAGGAGCGGUACGUCCAGGUGCUGCGCUCCUACCUGCAGAACUCCUCGCCGCAGAACCCGCAGGCGAGACUCAGCGAGCUGCUCUCCCACAUACCAGAGAUCCAGGCUGCGGCCAGUCUGCUGCUCGAGAGCAAGAUGUUCUAUGUACCCUUCGUGCUCAAUUCGGCGAGCAUAAGGUAGCAGAUGCUUGAGCACGGCCUGCUGCCCACCGCCAACCACCAGCCGGCGCCGCUGGGACCAGUUCCCGAUCCGGCCCUCCCGGAGCGGCAGCAGCAGCAGCAACAGGAGCGGCGCCGGAGCAGGCAGCAGCAGCACCAGUUGCUGCGCGACCUGCCCAAGAUCAAGAUCGAGAUCGGGGCCCAGCGCCAGCCAGAUCAGGAGCAGGAGCAGCAGCAGCAGCAGCAGCAGCAGCAGCAGGAGGAGCCGGAACAGAGGGAGCAGCUGGAGCAGCAGGAGCAGGAGGAGCGGUCCCGAUCCACGUCCAUUUUAAAGACUUCGCUGCUGAGCGGAGCGGCGGCCACGUUGGCCACCCUGACGGCGGCUGCCGAGCAAAUAGCCCGCUCGUCGGCCAGCAGCGACACUGCCAGGGACUAUUCCCACAGCAGCAACAGCAGCAGCAGCAACAGCAACUGCAACAGCGGCAGGACGGGCAGCAGCAACAGCAACAGUUUAGAAGAGAGCAAAAGACUUGAGCAUCAACAACAACAGCAACCACAACAGCAUCAGCAUCAGCAGCAGCAGCAACAAUAUACAUCAAUACUACACACGGCCUUAAUGUCACAGCGUUCCCUGCCAGCAGCAACAUCAGCUACAACAACGACGGCGACGACAGCAGCAACCACGUCGCCCACGCCUGCGCAUGUGCUGAAAACAGCGGUGACCUUAGCCAGCCUAAGUGAGAUAGCCACUGCGCGCCAGAAGCAGCAACAGCAGCAGCAGCAAUUGCUGGCGUUGCAGCAGCAGCAACAGCAACAGAAACUGCCCAGAAGGAUAAUCAACUUUGGCAGCAACCACGCUGCCAACACUGCCACCAAAGGAUUGGGAGCGGGAGCAGGAACAGGAGCAGCAGGAGUGGGCAUGGCCACAACAACGGCAGUAGCAGCAACAGCAACACUUGGACGCAAUCGCCAACUGGGCCCGAGUCAUGGCCAAGUGGCGAAUGCAAGGACAGCGCGCCUGCUCAAUGGCAACUGUUGCGGCCGACUGUUGCAGGCGACAGCAGCAACAGGGGACAGUAGGGGCGGCAACACGGUUAACAUGCAGACCCAAACCGGCGAUGAGUUGCUGCCGCUGCUAGCCAUGCCCCCGCAAGCAGCUCCCGCUGCAACAGCAACAUCAACUGCAACUUCAACAACAGCAGCAACAUCAUUAUCAUUAUCAGCCACAUCAACAACAGCAUCAUCACCUACAUCAAAUAUUUCAUUAGCUACACGUGCAGCAGCUGCAGCAAUGCAGCAGCAGCAGCAACAAUGGACUGCCGUGUCGACGACGCCAGCAACAGGAGUGAUGAUGACGACGACGACGACACAAUCACAAGCAACAUUAGCACCACAACAACAGCAACAACCACUGCCACAACAGCAACAGCAACAAAAAAACAGAAAAACAACAGCAACCACCACCACAACAGCACCAACAACACACAGCAGCAACAGCAACAGCAACAGCAACAUCAACUUUAACAGCAACAAUAACUAUAUAAAUAACAAUAAUAUUAACGCCGACACUGCCAGAGUCUCUGUCUCUGCCUCUGCCCCCGCCUUCGCCUCCGCCCCUGCCUCUGCCUCUGCGACGGCAACAGCCACGCCCACUGCCAGAGUAGCGCGCCAGCGACCGAUCCCGCCCCCGGCCCCGCGCACACCCACAGCCACCUCAGCUUCUGUUACUGUAGUUGUGUUCAAAACAAUGUUACCUGAUGACUGAAUUAUUUUAGAAUCGUACACGUAGAGCAUGUUUUAUUAUGAUUACCACUAUGAUUACACUUACGAAUUACAAUUACGAUUAUGAUUACGAUUACGAUUAUGAAUAUGAGUACGCGUACGUCUGGAUAUCAUUACCUAUUAACUAUUCAUUAGUUACGGCUUAUCGAUUAUUACUAUUAUUACUAUUACUAUUGCUACAUGCAUAAUGUAGAGCCUAAUUGAUCUAUCGUGUAUUUUAGUUUGUCUAAUUGUUGGAUCCCUGUACUAUAUCCCACACACACUCACACACUCGCCCACACUUGAUCCUCACCCCAAACAAUCCACCCACACACACACAUUAUCAUUACUAAGCAAGGAUAUGCGUAUGCAGAGUUGAAACAUUUUAAUCUUGUAAUCCCUUUGUGUUCUUUGCUGAACGGAGUUGACCGACGAGGAGGAGGAGCUGCAGCAAUUCGGAGUGUUGAACGAGUAGGAUUAUGUAUGUAGAGAGUAUGUAGCCACAAUGCCACUUACAGCUAUAGCAAGCAUUUAGGAUGCGUGCAUAUGUCAGUUAUCUAUUUUUUUUUUAACUAAAAUCUAUAUAAAGUAACGAGAUGGGGAUGGAAAUGGAGAUGGAGGAGGAGGAGCAGGAGCAGGAGCAGGAGGAGAGCGAAGCAGGGCGGGAGACGCAACCACAUAAAGUAUAAAUAGUAGAGUCCAAGUAGCUAGUUUAGUGUACAUCCGUUUUGGGGCAGAGGAGUAGCAGGAGUAGAGCAAUUUUGUCAAUGAGAGGGGGUGGUGGGGUGAGCGGAAACGGAAACGGAAACGCAAGCGGAAACGGAAACGGAAGUUGGGACAAAACGGAAACGGAAAUGGAAACUGGACUGCCAGAUCGGAAUCACACAUCAACCAUUAAGAGAACUUCGCUCGCAACGACUGCAGAAUUAUACUGUUAGAUACUGUUAAUUAUCGAACCCCAAGCCCCAACCCCCAACCCCCACCCCCAAGCCCAACCCUCACACACACACACACACUAUACCUAAGUUAAGAACGCAUAAUCACAUACUACACAUAAAUUACGUAUAGUACAUACAAGAAACAGAGAUAAGGAAAAGAAAAAACAAAGAUAAGAGAAGAAAGAAAGGAUUUUUUUUUGUGUAAGCCCGAUUGCGCAAUUGUAUAUCGUAAUCGUGUUGUCGUCGCAACCCCAAACGCCUAUCGCCCAUGGCGGUAUUGAUGCCCGGAUUGUUAUCGAUAUCGUCGUACUACGUUUUAUUUUGUAAAUGUAUUAAUUUUGUUGAUUUUUUUGCUGUCUGUAUACAUUUUUUUUAACAACAUUUUUGAAUAAAUGUAAUUCUUGAAUA